ACAAACACAAAUUAAAUGCAAUUGGGACUAAGGGAGACAUAUGGCAUAGGACUAGUAUCAACAUCAACAACGUAUGUGACGUGAAGAGGAUUCUUGUUCAUUUGCAUCAGAGUGAAGAGUUACCUGAUAAGCUACUAUGACAGCAGUGGUACACGGCAGUCAAUUUGUCUUUAAAUGAAUAGCGUCUUUUAAGUGUCGGCUGUUCUGGCUUCAGCAAGAGAUGACGUCACCUGAUAAUACACGCAUGCUAGUCACAUGACUUCCAUAUGGUAGCAAAUCUAAUAGAAACUGUCUUUAUGUUACCCCUGCAUGAACAUCGAGGAGGAACUGUGCUACUACAUGUACUGUACGAGACUGCAUGCUAGGUUUGAGGGUUUACUUAAUUACAGUACAAACUUCGUGUGCAAAGCCAAGGAAAAUUGAUAUAUGAUGUAAGCAAAUGGCAAUGAAUGAAAGGUAUUUGUACAAACUUUGUACUUUAAAAUCUUGAUUGACCUUGAUAGUUGUCAACAAAAACCGUAUCCGAUGACUUGAGUAAAGAUGGCAGUAACAAUGAACAGCACUCUUGAGCUGCUGUCACUGGCCCAGCGGCUCAAGGAGGAGAGAUUGUACAUCCAGUCUGAGAAGAACCUGCUCCAGGGACUCCACGAGGAGGUAACCCAGACCUCGGACAAGCUCCACCGUGUAGCAUGGAUCACCCAACAACAGCGUCAGACCCUCAACAGCCUCGUCAGGGCCAGCUCCAACUCCCCUCCAGCUGCAUGCUGCUAUCGCGCCAACGCCCUGGAGCGGGUUGGUUUUGUCGAUGGCUACAAGCAGCUCGGGUUCCAGGAUGCAUUGUAUGGGGAUGUCCUUAACUAUCUGAGAGAAAACCCAUCAGUCAUGGCCCAGAUCCUGGCUCAAGGAGAGAAGACAAACACUGAUAGGGCACCAGGGUUGGUACACUCUGUUAUCUCUGGCAUCUAUGGCAAUUGUGUUGUGGAUGACGAUGAGCAGCACUUCUUAAUUUUCAUUCAAUCGCUCAUGAAGCACCAGCUUGCAGAGAGUGAUGAUCCCCGUCGAUUACUGAGGAGAGGGCGCUGCGCUUUCUCGAUAGCUUUUAAAGUGUUCACAGAGGCUCUGUUUAGUGGGAAAUUGUACUUAACAGCUGCGUUACAUGAACCUGUCAUGGCUGUACUAAUGAAUGACGAAGUUUGCUUAGAAACGGACGUCCAAAAGGCGAUGGACCACUUCUCCCCAGAGGAGAGGAAACAGCGAUUUGGAAUCCCAGGAACCCCCGCGUAUGAACAAAGUGUCCAGAAACACAUGAACGGCAUAAUGGACCAACUUGUGGGUCUGUGUAACAAAUUCAUUGUUGGACUUCACAGUAACAUCUACUGUUUCCCUCCUAGUCUUGACUGGAUUAUCAGCCAGCUCCAUAAGAUUCUAGUGGAUGCAGGUCAAGUGGAGUCAGCCGAUAUCCGCAUCAUGUGUGCUGAUCUGCUGUUGACGUGUUUCGUUGGACCCGCGAUCAUUGAUCCUGAACCCUACGGCAUCACAUCGGACAUCCUGGUGAGCGAGACUGCUCGGUUCAACUUGAUGCAGGUUGCUCAGAUCCUGCAGGGUCUGGCUCUCCAGACAUCAACGACCAGCAAGGAAUCCUCCUCUAGGGUACCAGAUAUCUACUCAAGGUUUCCAAAGGGCUGCAUGUCAAGCUACUUGGAUGCAUUGAUUGAUAACCUGAGCUCUUCUGACAUACCGCCAACCACCAGUCAGCUCAGAGGAAUGACAAGAAGUUCUACCUUCAUUACAGAGACAGAGUUACAUAGCCUGAUUUCCUAUGUAAGAAACGUGCUGUCAGCCAACCCAGACCAAACACUCUUCAAAGAGCUUGAAGGUCACCUUGCCAGCCUGCCAGCCACCACCCCUCAUGCUCCUUCAGGGGGGCAGAGGUCCACCCCUACCACCACUGCUCCUCAAGGUAGCCAGAUCACCUCUCCCAUAAAGCCGGGUAUUCCCCCUGGAUCUACGUCCCCUAACCUGAGCGGAAGCUUCAAGGGGAAUCUUGCUUCGAUAGUUUCGAGUAGUGUCGCCAAGAGGAUGGGCAAGACAAGCACGGUCAGUCCGUCUGGUGGUGGUGGUCAAGAUGAUGAGAGUCUAGAGAUCAUGGGUCAAGCUGAAUGUGUAGUGGUCACUCAGCCAGAGGAUGUAUUGGUCAUUGGUCUGAGUAAUCAGGUCAAUGAGUGUCCAGGGAUGAUGUCUGAGACAAAGGUUCUCAGUUCGCUACCCCAGAAGGCAAAGAAGACGAAUACCAUCGACGCCUCUCAGAUCCGGAGCGGUGGUAACCUGGCGUCUAUCAGCGAGAUGCCCGAGAAGCAUCUGAGAUUCUCAGCCGAUGCGUCGGGGAACAGCGAUAACAUGAUGGAGGCCAUGUCUAUAGGUGCAUCCAAUUCAGUCUACUCCAUGGAUCUAGAGGCGGAGAAUGUCAGCAAUCUGAGUGGACGGAAUACCCCAAGAUCAGCCAUCAGCAUGGCCAGCAGUACCACGGAACACAAUAGACCUGAAAUCAUUGACUCGACACAGCUUCCAAACAAUACAAACAUCACAGACCAGUUUGGGAAGUUUGACAUCGGCACCAACCUCCAGGAUGUCAAGAACAUGGUGCCAGAAACCUUCAGCGAGACGUGGAGCACAGACGUGAUCGGCAGCGACACCUCGGAACCUCUCCCCAAUGAUCAUCUCCAGGAGAUAGCCGAGGAGGAGGCCAACCUUCAGGGAGCCACAGCUUCCUUCCUGGACGUCCAUCCACCUCUCAGUGAUCCCCAGGAGACGGGCAGUGAGACCUGGAGUGUCGAUGUCCUGCAGAGCGACUCGGAGCAAGUUGAAGAUCGGCUUCAAGAGGUGGAAGAUGGCCAGUUGGACCUAGCGGGUGUGAUGACGGAGCACGAAUCGGAGCAGCUCCUGGCUAAGGUUGGCACUGAGGCUGGCUCCAGGAGGAGCUCAUCAGGAGAAAGCCAUAGCGUCGGCAGGAGCUCCAGUAAUGACAGCCCUAGCGUGGAGGAGUGUGCCAAGAAAGGGGCAAACCUAUCACUGGAGUCAACUAGUUCUAAGCUGGCUAAUCUGUUUCCAUCCGAUGACAUCACCUCAGGUCAUCUACCGCGUCCUAGAGAUCCUGCCAUGUAUGACCGGUCAGACAAGCCACCGACCAUCCCUGCCCGACCACCUAGAACACUCCCAACGGCCAAUAUAGGAGGGUCUUAUGAUGCCAUCCACACUGCCGGAGACCCUGUCCAGAGGAAUGGACAUGGCCCAGACCUGACCAAAAGCACAAAGUCCUUGUCUGCUCUGGAUGUGGACAGUGUCCUGCAGGACUUUGACCCUCUCAGCACCCCAUCACCAUCUACCAGCCCCUUUACCAUGUCCAUGAAUGGGAACGUCCCAACAGUGAAGAGAACCAACCUGCCACAAGGGGCCAAGCCCAAGGUUAGACCAUCGCCUCAACCUGCUCAAGGGAUGCCUGUUGGUGGUGGUGGCGGUGGAGCAAGGUAUAGUGACAAUCUAGGUUCAUUUAAUCCAAUCUACGAGAUGCACAAUAAAGCAUUCCAACCUGCUACUGCCAAUCAGGACAAUCUAUUCAAUGUCAACCCUAACAGUCAGUUCACCAUCAUAAAUCAUGGCUUCUCUGAACAGGGUAUGCCUCAAAAUACUCAGAGGGACUCCCACUACCUAUCAGGCUAUGCCAACCCCUUAGCCACCUUUGACACUCUGCCAUCCUCAGGGUCGCACCCUUCUCCCUUUGGACCGCCUUCCCAAGUGCAGUCCACCUCCUUCCCCGUAAGGAACUCGGUAGGAGGGUCAGACAGUGGGGUUACCUCUGGGGAAUCUGCCUCCAACAGCGAUCACUUCUCCAACCGAGCGGACAGUUCCAUCAGUACGGCCAGCAGUGGAAGCAUGUCACUCCUGAUGGUGUCGUCCGAUAGCUUCAAACCUGUGGAAGCCAAUCAGAUGUCCAGCGGUGAAUGGCCCAUCAUGGAAAAUCAGGGGAGCACCAACUUCCUUUCGUCGCCCAGCUCAAGUACCGGCGCUAUCGUAGGAAGCUCGGAAGACAGCGACUCAAAGCUUGGAAGCACGCCCUCGUUUGACAGGUCUAUCAGUAGUGACAGCUAUGAGAUGGAGGGAGGUCCUGACAGUCCAGAUAAAGGCAGAUCGUGGUUCAAGAAGAAAAUCAAGCAAAUCAACAGGUCCAUAGGGUCAGCCCGUGCUAAAUCACAAAAGGACAAGUCAGGCAGUAGCAGAGAAGACUCGGCCUGGUCAUCGCAGACCAACACACAACUGACCGCCAAAGAAGCUAGAGGCUCAUCAGAUAAUCUACAAAUCAUUCCAAAUCCUGCUCUUGUGCCAGACCUCUUUGAUGCUGAACAAAGCUUGAAGGAUGGAUCGGUACCGGAGACAAGCAGUGAGGAUAUACUUAAUAAGUACCGUGACCUUGGUAAAGGUCGUUCGACUGACCAUUUAGAGGCCACCGAGGAUAGCAUUACUGAUGGGACAAAUGCAGACUCUUCCACUGAAGACGACUCCGGUAGCCAUGGCGACAAACCCGACUCCAACAGCACCGAACCCAGUAGCUCUGCCGACUCUGAGAACUUGGAAUCCACCUACGCAUUCAACGAUGCCAAGCGGAAGCUGCGGAUCGUGCUCCGCUCGGCCGACCUCCACACCUUCUCCUCCCUGUCCAAUCCCAGCGUGCAUUGCAGGACGAGAGGCGGGGUCAUGGGGGACAUGGGAGAUGGGAAGGAGAUGUCCCGUUACCCCGAGAACGAAUUGGUGGCUUUUCUGAAGGUCCAGCUGGCCGAAGCAAUGAAUCUCCAGGAUAAAGCACUGAUUGCUCAGCUCAGAGAGACACUCCGAUGUGUGGGCAACUUUGAUAAUGAAGGAUGUCGUAAGUUACUAGCAGUACUGCGUGAGGAAUACGAGGCCAGGUCACCAUAUAUAGCAUACCUGGUGAGGUCUCGGAAAGGCUUAGCUCUCUCCAAGGCUCAUCUUGAGAGACAACUUGAAAGAAUUCAGAGGGACAAGGAGGUGGUGAAUAAGUUCUUUACGAUGGUUUGUGUAAGGUUCUUCCUUGAGAGACAAGAACAGACGAUCAUCAAGUUCAUUUCAGACUUCAAGGCUCUUACAGCCGCAGAUGAAAAGACUCACCUGGUUAAGUAUUAUCUUUCUACAUUGAAUAGCUGGAUUCAACAAGAUCCAAUAUGGCAAGCUGCCAGUGAGACCCAGAAACAAGAUGCCGAGGUAGCCACUGAGAGAGCCAUCAUGAGCCGAAUCUACAAGCUCGCCCUCUACCCAAACGGAGACGGCGAUAUCCUCCGAGAUCAGCUCUUCAAUCAGCACAUCCAGAGGCUCGGAAGAGUGGUGUCGGGAUCCCACAAGGCCCUGCAGAUACCGGAGAAGUACAGGAGAGAGUCGCCCUGGCCGGCUGCGCAGGCAGAGAUAUUGAACAUCAAUGCCUAUAAGACCCCUAAGGACAAGGUGCAAUGUGUUCUGAGAUGCUGUACGAUCAUCAUGAAUUUGCUCAGCAUGGCAGACGGUGCAGCACCCCCAGGUGCCGAUGACUUUGUCCCAGUCCUCAUGUUUGUUCUGAUCAAAGCCAACCCCCCUAGUUUACUCUCUACCAUCCAGUAUGUCACCAGCUUCUACCUAGAAAGCGACCCCUACAGCGAUAGCGAUGGGUCAUCAGGCAGCGGAGAAGAGCGCUACUGGUGGAUGCAGUUCAAUGCAGCUGUAGAGUAUCUAAAGACUAUUGAUGAUAGAAAAUAAUAAUUGUACCUAGUAAAAAAAAUGGCUUAUAAUCCAGACAUUGAUAGUGACGGAUCAUCAGGCAGCGGAGAAGAGCGCUACUGGAUGCAGUUCUAUGCGGAUGUAGAGUAUCUAGAGACUUGUGAUGAUAGGAGGUAGUGCUUUAGUGCUUGUAUCUGGAGAAAGACUGAACAAAGAUUGACUUCUUGAUACUGACAGCAAAAGCAACAGAGAAGAAUGCUACUGGUGGAUGCAGUUCAAUGUGGCUAUAGAGUAGCUGAAAACUUGAUGAUAGGAAAUAGUGCUUGUAUCUCAAGAAAGAAUUUCUUCUUGGUGAUUUAAGAAUAUCCCUUACUGCUCUGCUUCUGCCUAGAAAACAAUCCAGUCAAUUUCAGUAGAUAUGUCUGGCAUUGGCAGUUUUUGGAGGUAUGCAUCCUCUCAAAGCAAUCAAAGAGAGGAACCCUUUUGUAAUGAUGUACUAUAACAGCUGUAUUAUUAUCUUAAGUCACCUUCUACCUUUAUAAGCAAUUGUGUUGGAAGCUUUUCAAUGAAGGUUGCCAGGAUUUGUGUCAUAUAUGUACUGUUUGGGAUUUCUGUCACAAUUGGUUAUCCGUAGUUAAACCACAUUAUUUUAUCCCAGGGUCAGAAUACAACCAAUGUUUCAUAAGAAGGGCCUUUGUAUGUAGCUGCCCUAGUACUUAUUUUUUUUAAUCAUUGACCUUGUAAGACUACAGAAUUAUUGCUUUCUUACAACCCCUUAGGGGGAAAUUUCAUUAAGCAACUUGACUUUGAGGGACAGUAGUUAUAAGCUACUGAAAUCAUUGCAUCUGAUUUGCUGAGAUCAGAUUUAUCAGUGAAAAUCAUUAACAGUAUGUUUUGUGAAAUUUCUCCUAGUGAUUUUUCACAGAUAGUAGGUAUAAGCUACUGGAAAUCAUUACAUUUUAUUUACCAAGAUCAAAUUUAUCAGUUGAAAUCACAAGGUGUUUUG